CCUGGGUGUCCCGUCUGCCUCGCUCAACUUGCUCACGUCGACUUGGUCGCGUGGGUGGUUCCAAUCUCGCUGCUACAGCAAUCGCCAGGCAGCACCCACCACGUGUCCCAGCAUCAUUCACGCGGAAACGGACAUACCUCCCACCAAUCACCAACAACCAGACAGCAGCCAAACAGACAGACAGCAGCAGUCGGGCAGCUUGACGGCAGCAGUCACACAGCAGUCACAUAGCAGCUAGAUAGCAGGCAGCAGUUCGCAGGAGCAGAUUUGCGGACAGCAACACACGGACAGCGUGCGCAACAAAGUGCGCAACAACGACGACGACAACGACGAUGACAACGCCAGCUUCUUCAACUUCGCCUUCUUCCCCUUUGUCACAGCAGCAGCAGCAGCAGCUGGGGGUGCCUGGUCGCUUGCUGUGCGACAACGUGCGGUACCUGGGUCACGUGCGCAUGGCAGGCAGCGCUGAAGACAACAAGGAGGACGCGCGCACAGCCAAGCACAUCCAGGACAUCCACCUGUUGUUCAGAUCGGGCCGCGCACCGCGCCACGCGCCACCACAUGCUGGCUCACCGCUGUGCCUCAUUGCUGGCACAGACAGCUUCAGCAUCGUCCACCCACGCCUUGGGCCUUCACCCUCACAUGCACACAACAGCGGCGGCGAUGAACAGCCAGAACAAGGCGCCGGCGACGCGCAGCUUGUGCUGCACGUGCCACUGGCCCACGUGGUGAUCGCCCACGCCAUCCGCAACAGCGUCUACAUUGCGCUUGCACAGCCACCACACGCCGAGCAAUCACACGCACCACCGUCACAGCAGCACAGCCAGCUUGUGUGCCACUGCUUGGAGUUUGACCUGGCGACUGCAGCGCACAUGCCCAUGCAGCUGCAGGACUCCAUCACCGCGUUCCAAGAGCACGGGCAAACCCGCAACAAGGAGGGCGGGAAGCACACGACAAGUGACAACAAAGACAAGAAAGACAGGAAGGACAGGAAGGACAAGGAAGACAAGAAAGACAAGAAGGGCAGGGACGCCUCUCGUCGUGGGCGCAGCAAGAGCCUUCGUCGCCGAAGCGCAGGCAUCCUGUAUCCAGUGCACCGGCUGUUUCGCAGGGAAACAGCAACCCUGUCCGGCACGCUCACUCCAGCAGACCUCGCCCCACAACAGCCACACCAGCGGCAAGGCCGCAGGCCCGAGCAUGGGGUACAGGGAACGCAAGGAACACCCGCAACAACAGCAGCAACAACGACAGCAACGACGGCAACAACGACGGACAAACAGUCGCGGAGACGGAGCUUCCUGUUUGGUCGCAGCUGGCGACGGCGCCGCAGCGACGGUGCUGGCCAUCACUACGAGGACAAUGCUGCUCGUGGUGAUGAGCUGGCACGCGAGCGCCAACGCCAAUUCGAAGGCCUUGCACUGUCGCCCCACACGCGCUCGCCUGCCACCAGCCCACACCGCACCGCACAAGGUCACGACGGCUACAACAACAGCAGCACCAACGGCAGCACAAAUACCAUCAGCACCACGCCACGGCGCUGGUCAAGCGGCGUCGUCCUCGACUACGGUGCGACGCCACUAUCACUAUCACCUUCUCCACCGCCGCUGCCGCCACCAAGACCUCUCUCAGCCCAUCAUGACGGUGGUCGUAGUGUGCGCCAUGUAGGGUACGAUGACGAUGACGAUGAUGACGACGACUAUGACGACGAGGCGCUGUAUGAGCAGCUGGACAAGCUUGAUCUUGACGGUCUGAACGCAGAAGGCAGCGACCAGCCAUCGUCGCAACCGUCGGGCAGGCGGGGAGCAGCAUCAUCGUCAGCACCGGUGUCGUCCACGCCAUCAGCGCUCGGGUCGCCAACAUCGUCCCCGCGCGUCCUGCCGCGGCCCGCACUCUCGCUCGCCUCCCUCAUGGGCAGCAGCCACGACGCCAACACCAACGACACCCGCAGUCGCAAUGGCAACAUACAUGCGCGUGGGACUGGCGUGAACUGGAAUCAAUCGUCCCACACGACCGCCAUUGACACGCGCAUGUUUGACAUGCACAGCAGCGGCGGCACCAGUGCCACCAGCACCGCGACCGACAGCAACAGGAGCAGCGGGUAUCGUGGCGCACAGACCCCGACGCCGCCAACCAUGCCGUCCUCAAACCCACACACGCAGCAGCGCACAGCGUCAAACACACACGCACGUGCUAACACUCGGAAUCACGCGCCAACACCCACGUUUAUGCUGGCGCGACCAGCCAAGGCCGCGGGGCCACUGAGGGUGCGGGUGGUGGAUGAAACGCUGUACGACCAGGAACAGCAGCCAAGCCAUGGCAGUGAUGGCGUUGGCGGCGAGGGCGGGGACGAUGUGACGUUUGGGUUUGGCGGGCUUGUUGGUCACAGCAACAGCACGAGAAGUGGAGGAAGCACGCAUGGCAGCGGCAGCGGCAGUGGUGGUGGUGGGGUUCGUGUUGGACGGUCGGGGACGCUUGUGGCGUGUGAUCAGUCGGCUGUUAUUGGAGGUACCGACGCCGGAGCAAGGUCGCGAUCGUCAACGGUCACAUCAACAGCAGCUGUGGCAGGUGGCGCGGCAACAAGCAACAGCGCACGUGUGACAGUUCCUGCUGGGCCACCGCCACCGCCGCUGCCAUCACGCAACAGUACGGUACGCGGGACGGAGGAAGGCGGGUACUUUGAGUGGACACCAGGCAUGCGCCCGCGGUCUGGCACCUACCACCGCGUGCUUCCUCGCAGGCACAGCAGCCACGCCGUCGACAGUGCUGAUGGUGACGGCAGCCGUGGGGACAGUGGCGGUAACGGUGGUGAGCAUGGCGGCGUGCGUGCGCGGUCAGCCACGAUGGCAAACAUGCCAGACUGGUUUCUCGGGGCGGUGGCCGCACAGACAGCAGCACGCGUCCUGGCAGGAGCACCGGUGGGCACGUUUGUUGUUCGUGCGCGGGCCGGGCUGCGGGCCUCGGACUAUGUGCUGUCUGUCAAGUCUAAUGACGGCAGCGUGCAGCACGGCGACUUCAUCAAGGGCCCCGAUGGGCUGUACCAGCUGCCGGAUGGCGCGUUUGCAUCCCCGUCGCUCGCCUCGUUUGCCUUUCGCUUCAUGCGCGCAAAGAAGCCCUUCCCAGGCACCACCACCCCGCUCAUGUCCCCGCUGUGCUAG